GAGGCGGGGUGGGGCGCAGUUAAAAGGCGCGGCCGGUGGGAACGGGCCUUCGCCCGAAGCCGGACGGAGAAGCUGCCGCCGCCGCGGAGCCGCCGAGCCCCGGAGCCCCGGAGCAGGUGACAUCGUCGCUGUUAUCCAGAAACAGAUAUUUCAGCAAAGAUUUCCAUUGGUGUCGUCAGCGUGCACUGCUGCCUUCCAGGCAGUCAGCGGUGCAGGAGGAGAAAGUCUGAAGCCCUGGCAGAGGGUCCCUGCCUCACCCUCCAUUGCUGAUACGCCAGGAGCCUUAGGAAUAAGGAGUACACCAGCACCAUGAACUGGGACACUCUGCACACUUUCCUUGGGGGUGUGAACAAGCACUCCACCAGCAUCGGGAAGGUGUGGAUCACGGUCAUCUUUAUCUUUCGGGUCAUGAUCCUCGUGGUGGCAGCCCAGGAAGUGUGGGGUGAUGAACAGGAAGACUUCGUCUGCAACACUCUGCAACCUGGGUGCAAAAAUGUGUGCUACGACCACUUUUUCCCGGUGUCUCACAUCCGGCUGUGGGCCCUGCAGCUGAUCUUCGUCUCCACACCUGCACUGCUAGUGGCCAUGCACGUGGCCUACUACAGGCAUGAAACUGCCCGCAAGUUCAGGCGUGGAGAGAAGAGGAAUGAAUUCAAAGACAUUGAGGACAUUAAAAAGCAGAAGGUUCGGAUAGAGGGGUCUCUGUGGUGGACGUACACCAGCAGCAUCUUUUUCCGUAUCAUCUUUGAAGCAUCCUUCAUGUACGUGUUUUACUUCCUUUACAAUGGGUACCACCUGCCCUGGGUGCUGAAAUGUGGGAUUGACCCCUGCCCCAAUCUUGUUGACUGCUUUAUUUCCAGACCAACUGAGAAAACCGUGUUUACUGUUUUUAUGAUUUCUGCAUCUGUGAUUUGCAUGCUGCUUAAUGUGGCUGAGUUGUGCUACCUGCUGCUGAAAGUAUGUUUUAGGAGAUCAAAAAGGGCACAGAUGCAAAGAAAUCACCCCAACCAUGCCCUGAAAGAGAGUAAGCAGAACGAAAUGAAUGAGCUGAUUUCAGACAGUGGGCAAAAUGCAACCACAGGCUUUCCAGGUUAAACGUCUCAAGGUAAAAUGCAGCUGAAUCAUAACAAAACAUUUGUCUUCCCUGGAAGGCAAGGCCAACCUGAAAAUCCCCUCUCUAGGCUGAAGAGCUAGUCUUUAUAAAUGACUCUCAUAACAAAUAGACACUUGAGUUAACUUUGUGUAGAAUACUUGUGCAGCUCAUAUGGUCCAUCUCUGAAAACACAAGACUGGCUGACAACUGAGCCUUGAAUUCGCUUUAACAUGUUUCUUUUAUGUGGACUGUCUGACAUGGUGGUAUUUCCUGAACACUUAUGUAACCGUUGUUGAUAAAGAACAUUUAUCUAGAAAUUGAUACUUUUAUUAGUAAAAGAUAUUUUUAUAGGAUUGAAUGUUUUAGU